AUGAGGCCGUGUCAAAAUCUUGGAUUCAAAGCCUUAAAAACGUUUCCCCGCCGUCGCAAACUGGACAGACGAGAGGCGUACACGUACCGUUGUUCUGACUUGGGUGGUGCGAUCUCAUGGCGGCGUCGCGACCUGGACCUGUCUGUGGCGCUGCGCUCGAUGGUAUUCGUGAACGAGACGGUAUCGUUGCCGCCGAGGCAGUUGGUGUCUGUGGCUUUGGAUCGCGCGUCUGCGUUGCUGGUCGGCGCUCUGGACGUGCAGAGCGUGAGCAUGGCUAGCCUGGCAGUUCCUCGUUGGAGCGACUUCGUGCUGCUGCACCGCGUGAAGAACGGUGGUGAAUGGCAAGUGUCGGGCGAGUUGCAGUCGAGCGAUGCGAGGUGGCUGAAGACUGCGGAGGUGGUUCUGGCGCCGCGCACGGCCAAGUCUCAGGCUAGCCAAGUCUCGGGAUGUGACGGUGUAAACGAACGUGACACUGGUGGACGCGGUGUCGUCGCAAUCCGUGGUGGUGGAGGUCUCUCACUUGGUCCGGAGCAUACCGGACCCUCGGUCUCUGGUGUCGACUGCACUGCUGCGGCCGAUCGUGGUGGAGAACCGGGAGGACGAGCCUGCGUUGGUUUCGAUGGCGGACUUGGGCGCCUACAGGUGAUGUCGUGGACGCAUCGCUACCGAGAAUACAGCAAAAUGGCAGACAAGCUGGUCAAUAUGGCCAUGGAUGCAUGCUUCAGCGUGCAAGUGCUCUUCUCCGACGAGAGUUGUUCCAGCGUCAAAUGGACAGAGCCUUCGAUACGCGUCAAUGACGGUGGUCACUGGCUGAGUAGGAGCUUCAUCGAGAGCAUCUCCAGGUUCGGUGCCUCAUCAUCUUAG